ACAAAGUGAGCUCAAGGCCAGCCUGAACUGCAUAGCAAGACCUUGUCUCAAAAAGACAAAAAAGAAAAAAAAUAAGAUUCGAACAACGGUUCCUGCCCUCACAGAGCACACUUUGAUAUUACACAGUUAGAGUUACCAGGUACAUGUGUACUGCACAAGAAUACCUGGCAAAAGCAUCAAGUGGAUCUAGGAUUUCUCACUUUAUUGGCCGAGCUGCGUUCUCCCCAAAGGGUGUUCUUUUCUGUUUUGCUAUUGGGCACAGAAGCACUAUACGGACUAGUCAUGGCUGCAUGUUCUGCAACCACUCAUUAACCCUCCCCCAACAAUGGGCUGUUAGUCACCUCCCCACCCACAGCCAUCUCUACCAGCGUUCCCGACACUGUGACAGUGCCUGAAUGUCGUGCCAGCCCUUGGCAGUUAAGCCGUGGAAUCCCUCGGAAUGGAAGCCUUGACCUGGAGCCAAUAAAGCACCCCCACCCCACCCCUUGGCCUCGACCUCCGUGGGUCGAGGGUAGGGGUCACAUCCACUGGAGCUUUUUCUAGCCACCUCUGCGGCAGCCGCGACUUCCCACUUCCUUCCGCACCAAAAGCCUGCCGUCCAGCCCAACCCUGAGGCUUCCGUCCAAAUCCUAGGCUUUUCCUGACUUUCUGCCACUGCAGUGAAAACGAAAGAUCCCCAUCCAGAAAAAUGAAAUAAUAUGUGGCUGACAACCGUGUCUGGAAUCUCAUUCUGGGUCGAAGGGAGCAGGGCAGGUGUGCUUUGCGGGACUCCUGAGCCCUCUCUGGGGCCCCCUGGCCCUCUCUGGGGCGGGUCUGGGGAGGCGGAGCUGAGGGGCCUCCUUAUCUCCGGAGCCAGCCCGGCUCCCUGGCGCCAGGCCCCACCCUGGGGUCUCUGCCAUGAGGUCUCUGCUUCUGCCGCUGCCCCUCUUGCUGGUGGCCGCCUAUCCGGUAGGUGGGAGUGCGCCGAAGCGUCAGGCCGAGCUGUGGCUAAGCCCCAGCCCCAACCCCAGCCCCAGCCCCAGCCCCAGCCCUCUGGCGCCCCUGGGAGCCUCGGUGCCCUUCUGGGUGCGUCUGAGCCCGGAGCUGGUGGAGGUGGCCCCGGGGCGCUCGGUGUGGCUGAACUGCAGCACCAGCUGCCCCCUGCCGACGAAGCCCAGCCUUUCCACCCAGCUGCGGCGCGGCCGCACGGCCACCGGGCCGGGCUGGGUGUCCUACGAGUUGGUGAAUGUGACGGCCUGGAGCUCCAUCGCGCGCUGCCACGCCACCUGCGCGGGAGAAACGCGCCAGGCCAUUGCGAGGAUCAACGCUUACAAGCGGCCGCGCAGCGUGAUCCUGGAGCCGCCGGUCCGCGCGGGCGGCCGGUACACCCUGCGCUGCCACGUGACGCAGCUGUUCCCCGUGGGCUUCCUGGUGGUGACCCUGAGGCGUGGCGGCCGGGUCAUCUAUUUCGAAAGCCUGGAGCGCUACAAAGGCCUCGAUCUGGCCAAUGUGACCCUGACCUACACGUUUCGCGCCAGGCCCAGCGACCUCUGGCAGCUCGUGACCUGCCACGCGCGCCUCAAUCUCGACGGCCUGGUGGUGCGCAGCAGCUCGGCGCCCGUCAUCCUGGCAGCGCUGGAUUGGAGCCCCGAGUCCAAAGCCUUGGCCUUCUCCUCCAUCGUGGCCUUCGUGGGGAUCCUUCUAGCAGUGGGGACCGCCUCCCUGCGCAGGUGCCUAGCAACGCGGUCUAGAGGGGCACUCUCUGCCAGCUGAGUGCCAGGAAAAAGAAAUCUGGAACAAUUUACAAUUCGGAAAAAACUGCUCGGAUCAAUAAAGCUUCCCCUCGGCAUUCUCUAUCCCCUGGUCUCGUGUCCUUGGGAGAAAAUAUAGUCUCCUUUUUGA